AUGCAGACUGCUUCUACAAACAUUUGAGCAAGAAUGUAUCGCUAUCAGGAGCUCAGUGAAUUCAAGCAUGGUACCAGGAUAGGUUGCCACCUGUGCAAUAAGUCCAUCCGUGAAAUUUCCUUGCUACUAAAUAUUUCACGGUCAACUGUUAGUGGUAUUAUAACAAAGUGGAAGCAACUGGGAACAAUUUCAACUAAGCCACGAAGGUCAGUGCAUGCUGAGGUGCACAGUGUGCAGAAGUCGGACACUGUCUGCACAGUCAAAAGCUAAAGACCUCCAAACUUCAUGUGGCCUUCAUUAUAGCACAACAACAGUGCGUAGAGAGCUUCAUGGAAUGGGUUUCCAUGGCCAA